UCCGGGACCAUCCCAGCCCAGGUGUGAUAUUCACCGACCAUGGAAGCCAGUCAUGUCUCUACAUCUACUAAAGCCUCUCUACUGCUUAGUGACAGUCGAGUUAAAACCGCGACCACGACCACGACUGGUACGGUUCCUCUCAUUGGUCACAGGAAAAUGUUGUCAUUCAGGUAUGUGGAGGCGAUAUGACUCAUUACACACGGAAUAGAAACAAUUACCCCACAGGUAAAGUACAGAGACAGUAAGUGACAAAUUGCCGUCUCAGGACUAAAUCUGGUGGACUACCUGCAAUUAGGAGCCAGGACAAUGAAUUACCACCAGGAGGAUAGCUGCUGUUUCCCCUCAGUCUCGUUACACCACUAGCCACACACUCACAAAGAUUUAGUAAGAGACAAUGGAGCUGCUAUCCAAGAUUAUUCUGAUUCUCAGCUGCAUUAUUCUGCUCACAGUGUUUGGAGAGGUGACAGGGGAGACAACUGACUGCAGCAUUCUCACAACAGUUAUUGCAAACUGUAGCUGUGAAGGACCAGAGGGAGCUCCGGUCAUCAACUGUCGAUUUAAGCAGCUGACAGAAAUACCUGCUAUAGGUAACACCAGUGUUUAUAAUGGGACAAUUGCUGAGUUUACUCUCCAUAGCAACAACAUUCAACACAUACCAGACAAUGCAUUUAAUGGGCUCCGCAUUAAACAACUGGACAUUACAAAGAACAUUCUGAACAAUGUAUCAGACAGUGCUUUUGUUGGGCUGGAAGAGAGUUUACAAGUUCUGAAAAUUACCGGGGAUGGAAACACAUCACCUCCAUUCACAGCUAUUAGAAAUCUCACCAAUAUGCUUGAACUUACCAUGGAAAAGUACAAGAUGCCUAAUAGCGAUCUGAGUGAUAGGUCAUUUCUGACUUUUACCAAACUUAAAUCCUUGCGUCUGGUUAACUGGAAUAUCAGAUCUAUAGAAAGGAAUGUUUUUGAUGGACUUGGUGAGGUCACGAAGUUAGUGCUUACAAAUCUGCAAAAUCUGACAAGCCUACCACAUGAAGCACUGCUGACUCUCACUAAAUUAGAAACACUGGAAAUCAGUCACUGUUCAUUAUCAAGAAUUACAGACUACUCCUUUUCACAGUUUCAGAAACUUGUGGAAAUAAAUCUGUCACAUAACCGUAUAAAAAAAAUAGAACCUCUGAGUUUUUCUGGAAUAGCAAGUAGACUGGAAUACCUUGACUUGAGCUUCAAUGAAAUACCAGAUAACAACCUGACAAUACUGCAGGAGCUUACAGCUCUGCAAAGCCUGCACCUGCAAAACAUUGGCCUGUUGGCAAUACCAAGAAAUCCUGUUUUCCUGCUGGGUAAAAACAAUCUGCAGAAUCUGAAUCUUGCGAGGAAUCACAUAACCAGUGUGGAUGAUCAAGUGUUUGUGACCACUCCUAAUCUAGUCAAACUGGAUCUGUCAGAAAAUCAAAUUAUCACCUUCCAUGAAACCGCAUUUGCUUCACUAUCACAACUACAGGUUCUGCUUCUGAAUCACCAAAAUCUGCAAGCCACAAACAAUGUGACCUUACCUUCAUUUGCAAAUCUGACGUCAAUAAAGAGCAUAAACUUACGUUCAACGAAACUUGAUCCUGACACAUCCUGGGACAGACUGAGAGAAGCUACUAACCUCCAAUCUCUGAAUCUAGACAGCACAGGGCUUAAUGUGAUUAAAGACUUCACAUUUGGAGAUUAUAAAAAUCUACACACCUUGGAUCUCACAGGUAACAACAUAUUAACUAUUACAUGGAAAAGCUUUUUCGGACUGAGAGACUCACUGACUAAUCUGUUUCUUAAUAACAACAAAAUUCAAACACUGGACAGAUGCACAUUUUACAACUUCAGCACAGGCUUGAAACUGCAACUCGUUGGAAACCCACUAAACUGUGACUGCAAAUUAAGAUGGUUACGAGGUGCACAACUGAAUGAGACCAUCUCUCUAAGUGGGCAUGAGCAAUGCAGUCUUCCCGUUUCGAAAUCAUUUACAGACAUGGCCGUGAACGAUUUCGUAUGUAACUACACCUACACAGAUCCAGAAUGUGAGAACCGUUACACAACAACUCCCAUGAGCACAACAACCACCACAGCACCAACAACUCUACCACGGGUCAGGAUUAAAGCGUCGAUAAUUGGAACCACCGAAACUACAAUAACCGUGUCUUGGAUUAUCCCCCAAAGCAGUCUUGUGUAUAUUGUUGGCGUGUAUGUUGAUCAUGAAGACCUGUCAAAUCCUGCCAACAAAGGCAAAUCGGAGAGACUGAACCCCACGGUGGGACAGUAUGAGAUCGGAGGUCUUAAGGCUGGGACGAGAUAUGAAGUAACAGUCAAAGCCUUACGUGUUGAUAAUCUCACCGAUUCUGAUUCUGUUCAAUCUCCAACAAAAUCCAAACCUGUCUCCACGACGGCACCUCCUGCUACUGAAAAACAAUCGGGUGACGAAACUGGAAUCAUUGUAGGUGCUGUCAUUGGUGGAGUUAUAUUUCUUGCAAUUUUGGUGGCCAUACUUUACUUGAUAUUCAUCAGAAGGAAACCAGUAAAGGACACUUAUCCCGUACAGCCAAGAACGUUCACUCCAGCUGAACUUCCUUCCCUUGGGUACGACUCAAAACGAUAUAUCCGAAAGAAGAAAGACGAUGAUAAAAAAGAUCAUGUCACGGUCAACGUGAUUUCCGAUGGAAAAACUGACAAUGGUGUCCAUGUUGGACGCGUGUCGGCGGGAAGCUAUCAGUGUCUGGAUCCGGAAACAGGGAAGAGACUUAGUAAUGAAACCAACCACAAUAGCAAAAAUAGCAAACUACAUUCAUACGUCAAUGAAAUGCAACCACGUUCAACAAAUGAAUACACAAAUGACAUUGAUAUUCGCAAACUUCCCCGUGUUCCUGCUGAAUAUCGUGGCAAUGCAACCAAGAGUGGAGGUUACUACAACCCUUCAUUCAGAAACAGCACCCAGGAGGGUAACACGCCACACGAGUAUUCUGAAAUAAACUUGUAGGAACCAACAGCUGGUGCAGCAUGCCUGUACAUGCCUAACGAAAAAGGUGAUAGUUCUCAAUACUGUGCCGACAUAAUGGAACCAGUGAUUAUAACAGUCCAGUCUGGACAUAGACUCAAACUGAAAAUGUGAACUGGAAUGCAUAAAAAGUUGAAACAAAGUUUCUUAAAAACAGUUAUAAUUUGCAUUCAAUUUGUAUAGCAUUUCCAUUUAGACUUUAGACUAAACAUUUUAUAAUCAAAGGUAACAUUUUAAAGAGAACUUGGUCAUGAACUGUAGACUGUAGAAUCAAAUCUUCCUAUCCAAAUCAAAAAUAAUAAAUAAACAGUACAAAGAGAAACCAAGUAUACAUAACUAGCAAUAUGUUGUUCAAUGUGUACUGAAAGCAACCACAAUAUGUAAAAGUAUACUUUCAGGAAAAAUUUAAAGAACAAAAGCACUGGAAAGUACUGGUACAUUUAUAUAUGCAUGUUAUGUUACUUUGAAAGUUACAUGUAAACUGAAUGAUCACUGUAGCAUCUUGAUUAUGUUUGUUGAAAUUUGUAUGCCGGACAUUUGUGAGAAGUGAUUAUGUAUGUAACUGGAUUAAAAAAAAAGUACAGUUAGGAGAAAUCCAGAAACAUUUGUGGCGGGAGUUUGUAAAAUAUCUUGUUGAACUUGAAUCAAGAUGAACACCUAUUUUCACAUCAAAAUUAUAUGGAUAUGUUGUUUUUAAAAUGAACUAUGUGGUGAGACAAAGUUUCAAGUGGACAGCUUCAUUGAGCUUGAAAUUACUAUACAAUAACAAUACAGGUACCAGUGGGGAUAACUACCCAGUAUUUUGCUCACAAAAUAACAUUAGUGUGUGAUGUGUAUAUGGGAUAAUGUGUGUGUAUUUUUAAAACAAUUUGAAUGUUUUACAAAAGCAAAAUGCGUUAAGUGAUGUUUACAGAAUUAAUAGCUAUAUGCAACCCUCUAAAAUAAAUGCAGAAAACAAAAUACAUUUAUAACAAAUUACUAUUAGAACACUGCAUGAUUAUAACCUACUUUACAUUUGAUUUAUUUUCCUAAACAUUGUAUUAUAAUCAGGCUGCUAAUGGAGUUAAUGUUUUUAGUGUAGGUCUAUUAUUGUUUCUAGUUUGGAAAAACAUAUUACAAAUUUGAAACUUUGGUCCAAAUGAUAUCAUGUGACAUAACAAAACCUCAAUUUUGCAGCACUUUCAGCAAAUGCUUAAAAAACAAACUAGAUCAUAUCAGCUGUUUUUUGUAAUUGUUAAAAAUAAUAAAAUAACUUAUUAUUGUUGUUUGUUGAACCAGUAAAUGUUAUUAAUUAUUUAGAGGAAUGACAUGCUGAUGUUUUUAAAAAGUUGUUUGUCAUAAAAAUGUGAAAAUUCCCUCAUCUGGCAACUAAUGGAAAAAGCCUAAUCACAAAAUGGGGACUGCCUUUGUGCCGUGUAUUAAUUUCCUGACGAAAGGGUUCUGUUAUUAUUUGAUAGUAUUUUAUAUUAAUGACAUUGUUAUAUAUUUGGAAUUAUAAAAAUAGAACAUGAUAAUUAUUUUUUAUGCUCAUAACUGCUUUACACAUUUAUUUAUGUAUGAACAUUCGUACUGUGUAAAUUGGUUCUGUGGUUAAACUAUAAUGCAUGUCAAAAUUUAUCAUGCUCAAUUUUUAAAUAGAUUAUUUUCACAAGUUAACCAAAGUUUAUAUUUACUGUAUAAUGUAUCAGAGCAGGGUUAAUUAAAAACUGUCCAAUGCAAGAAAAAAUAGAAAGAAGAGAAAGAUGUUUAAGUUUAAUAAAAAAAAAAACCCCAAAAAACAACAACUAAAAAAUAAAACAUAUUUAAAUAACCCAACUAACUUUCAAUAUGUAAAUCUUUUAUACCACAUGUAUAAUGUGUUUUCAAAACAAUUUGAUGGAUAAUAUAUAUAUUUUUUAUAUUGCAAAUAUUAACUUAAAAUUUGAAUGACAACUAGUAAGUAUAUUUUUUUAAAUUUUAAAACAACUUUCCUUUUAUCUUUUAUAAAAAAAACCCCACCAAACUAUAUGUAAAUAAUUGUCACAUAAAAACCACUUAUUGGAGCAAGUUGAGGGAUGGACAAUACACCCUGCAGUACUCUCCAAUGAUCAUAGAAGUAUCAGAUACCAUAUGAAUAUUUUCACAUUUUUGUAUAUAUAUAUCUACACAAUGUAUAUGCUUUUGUACAGACAUUUUACUUACCAUGAAUCCAUAUAUUUUAAUGUUUUCAAUUCAUAAUAUAAUCUAACACACUAGUUGAUAUUUUGCACCCAUGUAAAUAUUCAACAACUGGUGCUAAGUAUAUAAUGUGGACAUUUAUAUAUAAUGAGAAUGUUUGUACAAAAUGCAUUAAUUUGUAAACACAAUGAUCUCAAAGUGCUUACAGUUAUUAUAAGUUAAUUGUUGUGAUAACACGAAUUGUAAUACUUAUCCAUUAAUAUAUGAUGUAUAUUUGUUUACAAAUGACAGAUGCUAUAAGAACAAACCCAUAACAAUCCCAUAGGAAUAAAUAAUAGCUAAUCAUAUAUUAUUAAGCUUUUAGAAUCAAAUAAUACACUAUUACUUCAAAUGUUUUGUAGUAAAAAAAAAAAAUUUUUUUACAGCAACUGUCAUUAUACUAUAUAUAUGUGGUAUAUACUGAUGUCCAAAAGAAACCAUACUGGUCAAUACUCUGAGACUACUGAAGAAAAAACAAAAUAUGUUGCAUGUUUACAACAUAUAUUCAUGAGUGGUAUUUUCGCAUGUUGGAGACACAAUUUUAUUAUAUAAAACCUAUUAAAAGCAGAAAUAUAUUUAACCACCAUUUUAUUUCCAUUAUUCAAAUUAUAAAGGAAAUUAAAUAAAUUUUUGUUGGUA